UUCUUUUCUUUCUCUUUUUAGGGUUGGUAAAAUUUCAACCUUCCCUUUGGCCCUGGGACUCAGUGAGGAACAAUUUGAGAAGUGCCUUGACAGAAAUGUGCGUUCUCUACGAUGUUCUCAGUAUUGUGAGGGAUAAAAAAUUUAUGACUCUUGAUCCCGUCUCUCAGGAUGCACUUCCUCCAAAACAGAACCCUCAGACACUGCAGUUGAUAUCUAAAAAGAAGUCACUUGCGGGAGCAGCACAGAUCCUACUGAAGGGGGCAGAAAGACUGACUAAGUCAGUCACUGAAAACCAAGAAAAUAAGCUGCAAAGAGACUUCAACUCUGAGCUUUUGAAAUUAAGGCAACACUGGAAACUUAGAAAAGUUGGAGAUAAAAUUCUUGGAGACCUGAGCUACAGAAGUGCAGGAUCUCUGUUUCCUCAUCAUGGUACAUUUGAAGUAAUAAAGAAUACAGAUAUUGAUCUGGAUAAGAAGAUACCUGAAGAUUACUGUCCCCUUGAUGUCCAAAUCCCUAGUGAUUUAGAGGGGUCUGCGUAUAUCAAGGUUUCAAUUCAAAAACAGGCCCCAGACAUAGGUGAUCUCGGCACAAUUAACCUCUUCAAACGACCUUUACCCAAAUCCAAACCAGGUUCCCCACAUUGGCAGACGAAAUUAGAAGCUGCACAAAAUGUCCUCCUGUGUAAAGAAAUUUUUGCACAGCUCUCUCGGGAAGCUGUUCAAAUUAAAUCACAGAUCCCUCACAUUGUAGUGAAAAAUCAGAUUAUCUCUCAGCCCUUUCCAAGUUUGCAGUUAUCUAUUUCUUUGUGCCAUUCCUCAAAUGAUAAGAAAUCCCAGAAGUCUGCUACUGAGAAGCAAAGUCCAGAAGACCAUCUUUAUGUCCUCGAGCAUAAUUUGCACCUACUAAUUAGAGAGUUUCAUAAACAGACCUUGAGCUCCAUCAUGAUGCCUCACCCAGCAAGUGCACCUUUUGGCCACAAGAGAAUGAGACUUUCGGGUCCUCAGGCUUUUGAUAAAAAUGAAAUUAACUCAUUACAGUCCAGUGAAGGGCUUCUGGAAAAAAUAAUUAAGCAAGCAAAGCAUAUUUUUCUGAGAAGUAGAACUGCUGCAACUAUUGACAGCUUAGCCAGUCGCAUCGAGGACCCUCAGAUACAGGCCCAUUGGUCAAAUAUUAAUGAUGUUUAUGAAUCCAGUGUGAAAGUUUUAAUCACUUCACAAGGUUAUGAACAAAUAUGCAAGUCCAUUCAGCUACAGUUGAAUAUUGGAGUUGAGCAGAUCCGAGUUGUACACAGAGACGGAAGAGUCAUCACACUGUCUCACCAGGAGCAGGAGCUACAGGAUUUCCUCCUGUCCCAGAUGUCACAGCACCAGGUGCAUGCAGUUCAGCAGCUGGCCAAGGUUAUGGGCUGGCAGGUCCUGAGCUUCGGGAAUCACAUGGGGCUUGGGCCCAUGGAGAGCAUCGGCAACGCCUCUGCCGUCAUGGUGGCCUCCCCAAGUGGGGACUAUGCCAUUUCAGUCCGUAACGGCCCUGAAAGUGGCAGCAAGAUUAUGGUUCAGUUUCCCCGUAACCAGUGUAAAGACCUUCCAAAAAGUGAUGUCUUACAAGACAGCAAAUGGAAUCACCUUCGUGGACCGUUCAGAGAAGUUCAGUGGAAUAAAAUGGAAGGUCGAAACUUUGUUUAUAAAAUGGAGCUGCUUAUGUCUGCUCUCAGCCCUUGUCUACUAUGAUCUUCAAGAAGUUUCCAGUUUUUUUUCCAGAGAUGUUUCCAGAAACUUUGACUUGAGAUAUCUGUGGAUAAAGUGUAAGCACACGGAAGAAAACUCUUCCAAAGGAAUAGUUUUAUAAAGUAACAGUUUGCAAAUGUUUAACUAGCAUUUUGAGACCUUUCAUUUUAUAAAUGACAAGGACUUUGAAACGCAGAAGUUUAUGUACAAUUACGGGGUAUAUAGUACGGGGAGAUGUAAAAUACUACUUUUCAUGCAGUUAACUUGAAAUGUUAAUAACUUACAGGUUUGAGUUUGCAUUUUAAAAUAUUCUUUCGAUGUUGACAUCAAAUAAAGGGAUAAAAAGUCCAUUCACUCUCUGAACUCUUAACCUUAA